GGGCCCUCCCCUCCCGCCUGCGGUCCGGGCUCGGCCGCCCCGGUGCCGCCCGCUCUGCCGCCGGUGCGGUUGUCCAUGGUGCGCUUGGCUCUGCCGCCCGCGGAGGAGCCGGGAGGCGCCGCCGAGCGGAGCAGAGUCUGCUUCAACCUGGGCCGGGAGCUCUACUUCUACGGCGGCAGCGGCGCCGGCGGCCGCGGGAGCCGCAGGUGCCUGGACCUGCAGAGGCCGAUCGACAAGCGCAGCUACAAGGGCACCCAGCCCACCUGCCACGACUUCAACCAGGCCACGGCUGGCACCGACUCCAUCGCCCUCCUGGUCGGCUUCUCGGCUGGGCAGCUCCAGUGCCUCGACCUGGUCAAGAAGGACUCCAGCAGGACCUUCAACGAGGAGCGCCUCAUCGACAGCACCAAGGUCACCUUCGUCAAGUGGCUGCCGGGCACCGAGAGGCUCUUCCUGGCCUCCCACGCCAGCGGCCGCCUCUACCUCUACGACGCCGCCCACCCCUCCCCCCCUUCCCCCCCGCACUACAGCCUGGUGGCGCAGGGGGAGGGCUUCCGCGUCUUCUCCUGCAAGGGGAAGGGGCCCCGCAACCCCCUGCUGAAGUGGGAGGUGGGGGAGGGCCCGCUGAACGAGUUCGCCUUCUCCCCCGACGGCCGCUGGCUGGCCUGCGUCUCGCAGGACGGCUGCCUCCGCGUCUUCCACUUCGAGGGCCGCCUGCUGCGGGGGAUGAUGAAGAGCUACUUCGGCGGCCUGCGCUGCGUCUGCUGGAGCCCCGACGGCCGCUACGUCGUCACCGGCGGCGAGGACGACCUGGUCACCGUCUGGUCCUUCGCCGAGGGCCGGGUGGUGGCCCGCGGCCGCGGCCACAAGUCCUGGGUCAACGCCGUCGCCUUCGAUCCUUUCGCCGGCGAAGGAGUCGGGGCCGGCGGCGCCGGCGGCGGGGAGGAAGGGGAGGAGGGAAAGGAAAGGGAAGGGGCGGCCGAGAGCCUCCCCGGCUCCUCCUCUUCUUCCUCCUCCUCCUCCUCCUCGUCGCCCCCCGCGCCGCCUCUUUCUCCUCCUCCCCUUCCUCGCCCCCCGCCCCCCGCCGUGACUUACCGCUUCGGCUCGGCGGGGCAGGACACUCAGUUCUGCCUCUGGGACCUGACCGAGGAGGUCCUCUCCCCGCCCCGACCCUCUCUCUCCCGGCCCCGCACCCUGCCCGGCUCGCCGGACGCCUCCCUGUCCUCCCCACCACCACCUCCUCCCUCUCCUCCUCCUCCUCCUCCUCCGGGGCUCCCUCGUUCCCUCUCCCGUUCCAACAGCCUCCCGCAGCCGGCGGCGCCGGGGAGCGGCGGCGGCGGCGGCUCCGCUCCUGCCUCCUCCUCUUCUUCUUCCUCCUCCUCCUCCUCCUCCUCCUCCUCCCGCGGCUCCGGCGCUGCCCCGGCGGCACCGGGCGGGGGUCGCUUCGCUACUUUAACCCUGCAGGAGCGGAAGGCAGCCCCGGGGGGAGGGGGAGGGGAGAGGGAGCACAAGCGGUACCACAGCCUGGGCAACAUCAGCCGCGGCGGCGGCGGCGGGGGGGAGAAACCGGGAGGCGGCGGGGGAGGGCUCGGCGGAGGGGGGGUCCCGGGGGGCGGGGGGAGCAAGCUGGACGCGGCCAAGGUGCUGGGCACGGCGCUGUGCCCCCGGCUCCACGAGGUGCCCCUGCUGGAGCCCCUGGUGUGCAAGAAGAUCGCCCACGAGCGGCUGACGGUGCUGCUCUUCCUGGAGGACUGCAUCGUCACCGCCUGCCAGGAAGGACUCAUCUGCACCUGGGCCCGGCCCGGCUCCGCC